GGGCCCUGAGGGAGGGGUCAGACUCCUUAGCAAAGAGUUAAUAGGAAGAGGGGGAGGGGAUAGGACGAAGAGACCGAAGGGAAGGCUCAGCCGCGGCGGCGACUUUCAGUUUCAUUUCUACGAACCCUCCUGCCUGGGCCGCAGUCGCCGCCGCGAUGCCCAGUAAGUUCAGCUGCCGGCAGCUCCGGGAGACGGGCCAGAGAUUCGAGAAUUUCCUGGUCGAUCGGGGACAGGACAGGGAGACAGAUCGCGAGCGGCUGAGGACCAUUUAUAACCAGGACUUCAAGACCAGCUUUGGGACCCCUGCCCCUGGCUUCUCCUCCAUGCUGUAUGGAAUGAAGAUUGCCAAUCUGGCCUACGUCACCAAGACCCGAGUCAGGUUCUUCGGGCUCGACCGCUGGGCCGACGUGUGGUUCCCAGAAAAGAGGAGAAUGAAGCCGGGGUUGGAAAUGAGCAAACACCACAGGUCACUGCUAGCCACUAUCUUUCAUGACAGGGCUGAGUAUAUGCAUGGGAAACAUGGGGUGAAUGUGGAAGUCCAGGGGCCCCACGAAGCCCGAGAUGGACAGCUCCUUAUCCGCCUGGAUCUGAACCGCAAGGAGGUGCUGACCCUCAGGCUUCGGAAUGGAGGAACCCAGCCUGUCACCCUCACCCACCUCUUCCCAUUCUGCCGGACCCCCCAGUUUUCCUUCUGCAAUGGAGACCGGGAGCUGCCCUGCCUCCUGGGCCCAGGUGAAUGCUAUGAGCUCCAUGUUCACUGCAAGACCAGCUUUGUGGGCUACUUCCCAGCCACAGUGCUCUGGGAGCUGCUGGGCCCUGGAGAGCCAGGCUCAGAAGGAGCUGGCACUUUCUACAUCGCCCGCUUCUUAGCCGCCGUGGCCCACAGUCCCCUGGCAGCACAGCUGAAACCCACAACUCCCUUCAAGCGGACCCAGGUCGCUCGCAACCCUGUGGUGACCAGCCGGAUAGAGGAAGGAGAGAGACCCGACCGUGCUAAGAACUAUGACCUGGAGUUCAGUUUGCCACUGGGAACAUACUACCCACCCCUCCGCCUCAGACAGCUGCUCCCCAUCCUUCUUCGGGGAACAAGUAUUUUCACUGCCCCGAAGGAGAUUGCUGAGAUCAAGGCCCAGCUUCAGACAGCCCUGAAGUGGAGGAACUAUGAGGUGAAGCUCCGGCUGCUGCUACACCUGGAGGAGCUGCAGAUGGAGCACGACAUCCGGCACUAUGACCUGGAGUCAGUGCCCAUGACCUGGGACCCCAUAGACCGGAACCCCCGUCUGCUCACCUUGGAGGUUCCUGGGGUAGCUGAGAGCCGCCCCUCAGUGCUGCGGGGUGACCACCUAUUUGCCCUUUUGUCCUCUGAGACAUAUCACGAGGACGCUGUCACCUACAAGGGCUUUGUGCACAAGGUGGAAUUGGACCGGGUCAAGCUGAGUUUUUCCACCAGCCUCCUGAGCCGCUUUGUGGAUGGGAUGACUUUCAAGGUGAACUUCACUUUCAACCGCCAGCCCCUGCGGGUGCAGCACCGUGCCCUGGAGCUGACGGGGCGCUGGCCACUUGGGCCCAUGCUCUUCCCUGUGGCCUCUCGUGGAGUCCCGCUGCUGCCCUCGGAUGUGAAGCUCAAGCUGUACGACCGGAGUCUGGAGUCAAACCCGGAGCAGCUGCAGGCCAUGAAGCACAUCGUUAUGGGCACCACCCGCCCCGCCCCCUACAUCAUCUUUGGGCCUCCGGGGACGGGCAAGACUGUCACCCUAGUGGAAGCCAUCAAGCAGGUGGUGAAGCACUUGCCCAAAGCCCACAUCCUGGCCUGCGCUCCAUCCAACUCAGGGGCUGACCUCCUCUGUCAGCGCCUCCGGGUCCACCUACCCAGCUCCAUCUACCGCCUCCUGGCCCCCAGCAGGGAUAUCCACCUGGUCCCUGAGGACAUCAAGCCCUGUUGUAACUGGGAUGCAAAGAACGGCGAUUUUGUAUUUCCUUCCAAGAAGAAGCUGCAGGAAUAUCGUGUCUUGAUCACCACGCUCAUCACUGCCAGCAGGUUGGUCUCGGCCCAGUUUCCCAUCGAUCACUUCACACACAUCUUCAUCGACGAGGCUGGCCAUGCCAUGGAGCCAGAGAGCCUGGUGGCCAUAGCAGGGUUGAUGGAAGUCAAAGAAACAGACAACCCAGGAGGGCAGCUGGUGCUGGCAGGGGACCCUCGGCAGCUGGGGCCUGUGCUUCGCUGCCCGCUGGCCCAGAAGCACGGGCUGGGGUACUCACUGCUGGAGCGGCUGCUCACCUUCAAUGGCCUAUACAAGAAGGGCCCGGAUGGCUAUAACCCCCAGUUCAUAACCAAGCUACUGCGCAACUACAGGUCUCACCCCACCAUCCUGGACGUUCCUAACCGGCUGUAUUACGAUGGGGAGCUGCAGGCCUGUGCGGAUGUCGUUGACCGAGAGCGCUUCUGCCGCUGGGAGGGUCUGCCUCGACAGGAUUUUCCAAUCAUUUUUCACGGUGUAAUGGGCAAGGAUGAGCGUGAGGGCAACAGCCCGUCCUUCUUCAACCCAGAAGAGGCUGCCACAGUGACUUCCUACCUGAAGCAGCUCCUGGCCCCCUCCUCCAAGAAGGGCAAAGCCCGUCUGAGCCCCCGAAAUGUGGGCGUCAUCUCCCCAUACCGGAAGCAGGUGGAAAAAAUCCGUUAUUGCAUCACCAAACUUGACAAGCAGCUUCGGGGACUAGACGACAUCAAGGACUUGAAGGUGGGCUCUGUGGAAGAGUUUCAAGGCCAGGAACGCAGCGUCAUCCUCAUCUCCACCGUUCGGAGCAGCCAGAGCUUUGUGCAGCUGGAUCUGGACUUUAACCUGGGUUUCCUCAAGAACCCCAAGAGGUUCAAUGUGGCAGUGACUCGGGCCAAGGCUUUGCUCAUCGUGGUGGGCAACCCGCUCCUGCUGGGCCACGACCCCGACUGGAAAGUAUUCCUGGAGUUCUGUAAAGAAAACGGGGGGUAUACUGGGUGCCCCUUCCCUGCCAAACUGGACCUGCAGCAGGGGCAGAACUUACUCCAAGGUCUGAGCAAACUCAGCCCCUCUACCUCAGGACCCAAAAAUCACGACUACCUCCCCCAGGAGCGGGAGGGUGAAGGGGGCCUGUCCCUGCAAGUGGAGCCGGAGUGGAGAAAUGAGCUCUGAGGACCGCCCACCUGACCCCCGUCCCCUGCUGCUCACAACAGGCUGCUAACAAUUGGGAGAAGGGGGAGGAAGUUUCAGUGAAAAAAAAAAAAAUGUUAUUCUUUGCCA